CAGAGGAGACAGAAAGUGGGGGAGGUUUAGUGUCAUAAUAUUCAAACGGGGAGAUUACAGUUGGGUUUGAGACCGACAUGGAUCAUUUCUUCAUCAUUAAGGUUACCAUUCUGCUAGUUCUGUGUCCAGCUGGGUCAGAGGUUCUGACAGUGACUGGAGUUGUAGGAGGACGGGUGGACAUCAGAUGUUACUUCAGAUCAUUAGAGAUCAACAUCAAGUAUUUCUGCAAGCACCCCUGCAGAACUGAAUCAGAUGUUAUCAUUAAGACAAGGGUCAGCAACAACUAUAUUGAAGGAAGAUACAGUAUAGCAGACCAUGGAAAUGGACAUGUCACUGUGAUCAUCAAGGACCUGAAGAGGUCAGACUCUGGGACAUACUGGUGUGGAGUGAUGAGAGUUGGUAUAGAUGCAUACCAAGAGGUGUAUCUCAGCGUUGUGGAAGCUCCACCCACCCAACCUGACAUCACCAGAACCAGUCUCCGCCCCCCUGUUACAGUCAGCAGGACAACUGAUGUCAUAACAACAGAAGUGAGAACAUCAGCCCUAAUGACACCAGCCCCCACUAAAGGAAUGACCACUCAUUCAAACACUAAUGUGCUGAUAUAUAUGGGGGCUGGUCUGGUGGUCGUGGUUUGUCUGUUGGUUCUCCUUCUUCUCAUAUUCCUCGGACUAAGGAACAGAUCAAAGACACGUACAGGUUCCUGCCCUUCCAAAAUGAUUACUUCCAACACCCAAUUCACCACCUCAGCCAAUCAGCACUCUGAUACACAUGACAUCAACUCUAACCAUGCCACAGCAACCAAUCAGUGUCAAGAUGACAUCUACUGCAACAUUGAUUCUUCUACAGAGGCUCCGGACAGUGUGAGCUACGUUACCGUGAACUUCCCCAGAGAUCCAUCCUGUGUCCAAUAUGAUACUGUUAACUUCCCCAGAGAUCCAUCCUGUCUCCAAUAUGAUACUGUUAACAUCCCCAGAGAUCCAUCCUGUCUCCAAUAUGAUACUGUUAACAUCCCCAGAGAUCCAUCCUGUGUCCAAUAUGAUACUGCUAACAUCCCCAGAGAUCCAUCCUGUCUCCAAUAUGAUACUGUUAACUUCCCCAGAGAUCCAUCCUGUCUCCAAUAUGAUACUGUUAACUUCUCCAGAGAUCCAUCCUGUCUCCAAUAUGAUACUGUUAACAUCCCCAGAGAUCCAUCCUGUCUCCAAUAUGAUACUGUUAACUUCAUCAAAGACUCUGAUGUCCGUAACCAACCAGACAGUGUUAUAUACUCCUCUGUUAGAAUACAACACUCCAACCAUGAGAUGGUGACUUACUCUGCCAUAAAACCCAAAUGCUCACAAUGACAUCCACUAUUUGUGGAUUGUUUGUGUGUGUAUGUGUUUGUGUGUGUGUGUGUGUGUGUGUGUGUGUGUGGGUAUGAAUCUGUGUUUCUGUCACAGUUAAGUUAAAUGAAAGGUGAUUUGAUUGGUUGUGUUUUGUUUUGUUUGUUUUGUUCUUUCUCAGGGAAAUAAAUAAGUGUGCACAGUUAUUAGGCAUCAAUCGGUGUGCACAAUUAUUUGGCAACUAAAUUACAAAAAUAGUUUCUGCCAACUCACGUGUUUAUUCUAAAUCUUUUAAGAAAGUGUAACAAACAAGUAACACUAAAUGACAAUUAAAUAAAAUGUGUGUCUUUUCAAAAAUAUUCAGUGACCGAUAUAGCCACAC